ACUAUGAUUCGGCAUCCCAUCCUUCACAAACUUCGCGGUUCGCAGUCCGCGUAGCUCGAAAUGGUGCGUUUCAUCUCUUCCUCUUCAACACUUCCCACACUGAUACAGGUGCGUUAGCAGAGCUCCAAAGACUGCGUAUUGAACUCCCCCAAUAGCCUCUUCAACACUUACCUCCCUGACACAGGAUAUUAUAUUUUCGUAUAUAUCAGGCCAUGGAGGCAAAUACUGUCCGCAAUGAAGAUGAGGUUGAAGAAGAAUAUGUAUUGCUUGAUCUUGAUUCUGCUUACUCGCAGUUUGACAUUCCACCAAACGCACCCUAUGUUCUUUCCGGUUUGAACACAGAGCAUCCUGUAUUGACUAUAGGUGACAAAUUGAACUUGAUUGGAGAAUAUCAGGAAACGGUUGGGACAUGCCUUAUUUUUAAAGAAGAAGUUGCUAGCCCUGUGGUUCAUGAAGAAACGGGACCAUCAGAAGCAAACCUUUUUGCUGGCAAAUGCAUAGUGGAUCCAAACCAACCUCAAAGCAAGCAAGUAAAACCAGUUACGAGCCUGCACCGGAUUAUAAAAUUUAGAUUGGCACCCAAUGUUGACUCUGAUGAUGCAUCUAAACAGACUCCGGAUCAGGUGCAACAUACAGUGCAUUCAAUGGGGAAUGACCAACAUGAGAAUCCGUAGUCAACCCUAAGCUUGUGUCGUAUAAACAAGGAUAACUUGCAUGCCGAGCUAAAAGCUGAAUGUUGUUGUGGAGCCUCUUUCUGAUAAGAUUUUUUUCUUUUCCUUUCGACGUAGUUGGCACCAUGAGCUUUUUGUAAAUUUGAGCCAUGUGCGUUUUAGUUUCAGAAAAUGAAAAAGAAACUUAUUCGUUAAGGCUUGACCAAGCCAUCACAUUUGCUGGCCUUCAAAAUAUAAAAUUAUUUAUCUUUCUUUUGUGUA